AUGUCUACCAACCCGGAUUUUACCAACCCGGACAAUAGUUUUGACUACGACGAAGAACUCCCCACUGAUAGAGCCCAGACAUGGACCCUACUUGAAACAUACAGCAAGAUCCCACCGGAUCAGAUCGAGACCCAUCUUAAAGACAUUGUAAGUCCUCAUCUCACCAGCCAACAUGAAGAAAAUCCACCCGCUAACUGGUACCAGCGUCAAAAGGCUUGGAAUGUCUUUCCCUACGGCUGCAUCGGCCACUGGCUAUUCCUGGACUGUGUGAUCACCUCGCUGCCAGAGUACCCCGCCAUUAUUGCGCGCGUCAAAGCAGGCGACGUCCUUCUCGAUGCCGGAUGCGCAUUCGGCUACGUCCUCCGACAAAUGGCAGUCGAUGGUGCCCCGGCCACGAAUCUGAUUGGAGUUGAUAUUCGACAGGAGUUUCUCGAUCUGGGGUUCGAACUGUUCCAGGACAAGGGGUUCGAAGGGCGUUUCAUCACAGCUGACCUGGUGAAUGUAGAUCCGUCCCUUGCUGAGAUCGCUGGCACAGUCGACAUCAUCCAUGCGGCGGCUCUGUUCCAUCUUUUUGGAUGGGAUGAUCAGGUCAGUAUUGGUGUGCGCUUUGUGCAACUCUUCAAGCCGGGCGCGAAUGCGCUUGUCAUCGGGAGGCAGAUUGCUGAUCUUGAGCCUUUGGACCCCGUUGAACAUGCCACGCAGGGGCGAGGAUGGUACCGCCAUAAUAUGAGAACUUGGCAGAUGUUAUGGGAUGUCGUUGGCGAGAGGACGGGGACCCGGUGGAAGGCUACUGGGAUUGUAUCAGAGAAAAGGGGGUUGAAGAAUGUUCCCGGACCGAAGGCGGGAAUGUCCUUUGCUGUAUACAAGACUUAG